CUCCCAGCAGUGGCAGAGUUCUCCACCAGCGAGACCAUGGGGCACUCGGCCGAUCGCUUGGCUGCUGCCUUUGCCGUUUCCCGACUGGAGCAGGACGAGUACGCCCUCCGCUCACACACGCUGGCCAAGAAAGCCCAGGAUGGAGGCUUGCUGGCCGAUGUGGUGCCCUUCAAAGUGCCAGGCAAAGAUACGGUUACCAAAGACAACGGGAUCCGUCCGUCCUCCAUGGAGCAGAUGGGGAAGCUGAAGCCGGCUUUUGUCAAGCCCUAUGGCACUGUCACCGCUGCCAACUCCUCCUUCCUGACCGAUGGUGCUUCGGCGAUGCUGCUCAUGUCUGAGGAGAAGGCUCUGGCAAUGGGAUACAAACCAAAGGCCUACCUAAGGGACUUUGUGUACGUGUCCCAGGAUCCGAAGGACCAACUGCUGCUGGGCCCAACUUACGCUACUCCCAAAGUGCUGGAGAAGGCUGGGCUGACCAUGGCCGAUAUCGACGUCUUUGAGUUCCACGAAGCCUUUGCUGGGCAGAUUUUGGCUAACCUGAAGGCUAUGGAUUCGGACUGGUUUGCACAGAACUACAUGGGCAGAAAGUCAAAGGUCGGAGCCCCUCCUCUGGACAAGUUCAAUACCUGGGGGGGGUCCCUGUCGCUGGGCCACCCCUUCGGUGCCACCGGCUGCCGCCUGGGAAUCACUGCAGCCCAACGGGUGAGGAAGAAGGAGGGCGGGCAGUACGGCCUGGUCGCGGCCUGCGCUGCGGGAGGGCAGGGGCACGCGAUGAUCGUGGAGCUGUACCCUCAGUAA